AUGUCUAAGAUUUCCACCGCCGAUGUCCGUGAGCACGUCAACAAGUUGUUGACUCACUCCAACGAGACCAAGAAGAGAAACUUCUUGGAGACUGUUGAGCUUCAAGUUGGUUUGAAGAACUACGACCCACAAAGAGACAAGCGUUUCUCUGGUACCUUGAGAUUGCCUCAAGUCCCAAGACCAAACAUGACUCUCUGUAUCUUCGGUGACGCUUUCGAUGUCGACAGAGCUAAGUCUGUUGGUGUUGACGCUAUGUCCGUCGAUGACUUGAAGAAGUUGAACAAGAACAAGAAGUUGAUCAAGAAGUUGGCUAAGAAGUACAACGCUUUCAUCGCUUCCGAGGUUUUGAUCAAGCAGGUCCCAAGAUUGUUGGGUCCUCAAUUGUCCAAGGCUGGUAAGUUCCCAACCCCAGUUUCCCACAACGACGACUUGUACCAAAAGGUCCAAGACGUUAAGUCCACCAUCAAGUUCCAAUUGAAGAAGGUCUUGUGUUUGGCUGUUGCUGUCGGUAACGUCGAGAUGGAGGAGGAUGUCUUGGUCAACCAGAUCAUGAUGGCCGCCAACUUCUUGGUUUCUUUGUUGAAGAAGAACUGGCAAAACGUUGGAUCUUUGGUCAUCAAGUCUACCAUGGGUCCUUCUUUCAGACUUUACUAA